UUCAGCGCCACCUCAUCCUUGUAAUCCACCCACAACCCACAUAUAUGAAUGAUAAAACUUCCGGGAAAACAAGUCAUGGCGAUCACUCGUCUCCAAUCUCAGUGGAAAAUACCCACUUCUUCUAAUUCUGGCACCUUUUUAGUUACCUUUUCUUUCUUGCAAACUCCCCAAACAAACCCAUGUGUACGAAUCAAAGAUCUGAACUGCUACCCGGAGAGAAGACUCGUAGUUAAGAUGAGGAGAGACAAUAAAGUACGUGGAUGGUUACUGCCAGUUGAUCCAUGGGCUCCCAACAUUGACUCUGAGAGCAUAGCUUCACAGCUCUUUGCAGUGUCUUUGUUUCCCUACCUUGGUUUCUUGUACUUCAUUACUAAAUCAAAGUCUGCCCCUAAGCUUACUCUCUUCGGCUUCUACUUUUUACUCGCCUUUGUUGGGGCCACCAUCCCAGCUGGGAUUUAUGCAAAGGUGCACUAUGGAACUUCCUUGUCUAAUGUUGACUGGUUACAUGGUGGGGCUGAGUCGCUUCUUACUCUCACAAAUAUUUUCAUCGUGUUGGGGUUGAGACAAGCUCUUAGGAAAGCUGGAGAUUCAAAACAAAACAAAGAAAAUGCUGUUCCACAGAUCAAACAGGAAAAUCGUUCCAUCUAGAUACAGGUUCUUAUAGUCACCAAUUCAUGCCAUUAUGAAACAUCUGGGAUUAUUCUACUUUUUCUAUAUUCUCACUUCAAAUGGAGCUCUGCAUUCCUGGUGCAUGCUCAAGUCACUCAUAUACGUGAGCUGUUUUCAGGAACAUGACCAUUGCUCACAUUCAAGCACAUUGUUGACUAUCUCUCUUAACUGCUGAGAACUUCCUUAAUAUCUCAUAUUGAGCACUCCUUUUCUAUCUAGAGUGAUUAGAUUUGGUGGAGAAGACAUGUAUAAUUCCUUUUCCUUCUGUCAUAUUUCUCUGCUUAAUAUAUGUACUUUCUGUAAUUCUUUUUGACAGAUAAUCUCUCGUCACUCUGUCCAGCAAAUUGCAGAUGUGUUUAAGUUCUAACUUUCAUCUGAAGUGUAACAACUGAACAUCAUUUGCAUAUUAAAUUGAUGUAUAUGUUCCAACUGUGUUUUCUCA